AUGAGAAGCAUAGCAACUUGUUACAGUGAACAUGCCAUCAAAGUUUCCAAUUCAUAUUGCUCUGGACCAUCCAAUCAUGCAACAUUUUCACCCAAUAUGAUCCCUUCAAUUCAAGACGCAGUCACAUGCAUCUACAGAGUCAAGCUAUGUUCCCAACACCAGCUCCUGAUCAGCCUCACCUGGUGCAGUAGCCUCAUGGACCGAGGCUUCACGGUCACCCUCGUUCAAGACCCGUCGUCGCCUUUUAAAUUCCACACCAGACGUCUCUACCUGCAUAACAUCAAAGGCACAAAAAGUUUUAAGUCAACAAAUUCCAAGGUCGAAAUUUUCUGGGAUCUUUCUUUUGCCAAGUAUGAUGCUGGCCCUGAGCCUGUCCGUGGCUUUUAUAUCGCGGUUUUUGUCAAUUACGAGUUGAGUUUACUCCUAGGAGACAUGGAGCAAGAGCCUGAAGUCAAGAAACUUAUGUGCAAUGUGCCCAUGUCCAAAUUUUCAUUUGUAUCGCGAAGCGAACAUUUUUCAGGGGGUGCAGCGUGCUCAACUAAGGCACAAUUCUUCACUACAGGCACCCGCCACGACAUUCUGAUCAAGUGCAUUGUACAAGAAAAAGGCCAGAAGAACUCAAUACUAUCAGUCAGUAUUGAUGACAAAAAUGUGGUCCAAGUAAAAAGAUUACAAUGGAAUUUCCGCGGUAACCAAAUAAUAUUCAUCGAUGGUUGUUUAGUGGAUAUGAUGUGGGAUGUGCAUGACUGGUUCUUCAAUCCGAAAUCUGGGUAUGCAAUAUUCAUGUUUAGGCCAAGGAGUGGAAUGGAAAGUAGGUUGUGGUUAGAGGAAAGCAAGGUGGAGCAGAAUGAAGAAGAAAAGGCUGGCUUCACUUUGUUGAUAUCUGCCUGUAAGAAUCCUGACUAG